GCCUGGGCGCGGCGAGCGGCCAAGAUGGCGCUGGGCAGGGUGGCGGAGCGGGCGGCUGCCGGGUACUGGGCCGUGGUCUCCCGGCGCUGUGGCAAGAUCGUGGUCGCGCCUUUCUUCGGGAGCGCGGCGUAUGCUACCGUGCCUGCGGUGAGCAGCAGAGCAGGCCAGCAGAGGGAAGGUUCACUGAGGAGAAGAGGCAGGACAUCACAGUUUGUAAGGCCAGACUUAACUCCCAGAACUGAGAAGAUGGCUGUUGAUCAGGACUGGAGCAGUGUUUAUCCCACAGCAGCUGUGUUUAAACCUGCCUCUGUGCCACUCCCAAUUCGAAUGGGUUACCCUGUGAAGAGAGGAGUACCUCCACCAAAAGAAGGAAACUUAGAGCUUAUGAAGAUUCCCAAUUUUUUGCAUCUUACUCCUCCUGCAAUUAAGAAACACUGUGCAGCUCUUAGAGAUUUCUGCACGGAAUGGCCAAGUACUCUGGACAGCGACGAGAAAUGCGAGCGGCAUUUUCCCAUCGAGGUGGAAACAGUGGAUUAUGUUUCUGCAGGGACAUCUAUUCGUAACCCCAAAGCCAGGGUGGUGACUUUAAGAGUUAAACUUUCUAACCUGAACUUGGACGAGCACGCAAGGAAGAAGCUGGUGAAGCUGGUGGGGGAGCGGUACUGCGCUGACACAGAUGUGCUCACCAUCACCACAGACAGGUGUCCUCUGAGAAGACAGAACUAUGAUUAUGGAAUUCACCUCCUCACAGUCCUGUACCAUGAGUCUUGGAAAACUGAGAAGUGGGAGAGUGAGAAGUCUGAGGAAGACAUGGAAGAGUAUGUGUGGGAGAACAGCCGCUCCCAGAGGAACGCCUUGGACACGCUGCUGCGGAUAAAAGCCUCGGAGAACCUCAGUCCUGGCACUGAGGAAGAGCUGCUUGCCUCUGAGGUGGUCAAGAACUACAGAAACUCUGUGAUUGCGCUUAAAAAUGAAGGUGAAACAGAAAGGAACAUGUCUCAGUACAAGGAAUGCGUGAAGAAACUGCUGAACAUCCAAGCAAGUGCUGUGACAGCAGAGCCUGCAGCCACACCUGGGCACUGCAGGAGUGGCUAACAGCUCUGCCAGCAGCGCUGUGUGAGGUGGAGAGUUACAACCUCAGCCAAGGACAACAGAUGGGAGGCUGCACAUUGCAGUACUCCUCAGAUCUGUCUUCACCACGGGAUUUCCUUGUGAAUAGAAUGUUCCUGCCCAUCUAUCUUACCCUUUGAAUAAAGUAUGCUUUGAGUUACCUUGGUGACCUGUGCUUGCGUAGCUUGGGAGUUCCUGGUCCUCUGCUAAGCCACAUUCUGACUGCUCAUGUGGCUUCUCUUCAUAGAACCAC